AUGAGCUACCAGGUCCUGACAAAGCACUCCAGAGAGGGACAGCACGUCCUUGUAAAUGUGCUCCUUCUGGUGCCACAGCAACCCCUUCUCCGCGCGCCCUUCCAGAUGGCAGGUCGCCGGUGGGCCGCGACGCCAGCCCUCUGCGUGUGCGUGGCAGCCGUCUCCCUCCUGCAGCCGUGGGGUGCGGGAGGCUGCUCUAUCGAGGGGGACAAGGGUUUUGUAUGGCUGGCCAUCUGCAGCCAAAACCAGCCCCCCUACGAGUCCAUCCCCCAGCAGAUCAACAGCACCAUCGUGGACUUGCGGCUGAACGACAACAACAAGAGCGUGCAGUACGCCUCGCUCAGCCGCUUUGGCAACCUGACAUACCUCAACCUGACGAACGAGAUCUCCUACAUCGAGGACGGUGCCUUUUCGGGACAGUACCUCCAGGUGCUGCAGCUGGGUUACAACCGACUGAGGAACCUCACUGAGGGCAUCCUGCGGGGCUGGGGAAGCUGGAGUACCUCUAUCUCCAGCCAACCUCUCGAGUCCGUCACCCCCAACGCCUUCUGGGAGUGCCCCAACAUAGUGAACAUUGACCUGUCCAUGAACAGGAUCCAGAGACUCGACACCAACACUUUUAGGGGCUUAAACAAGCUCUCUGUCUGUGAACUCUACAGUAACCCCUUAUGCUCCUGUGAGCUCCUUGGCUUCCUGCAAUGGUUGGAGGCGUUUACCAACAUGACACGCACUUAUGACCGGAUGCAGUGCGACUCCCCACCGGACUACAUGGGCUACUACUUGUUAGGCCAAGGCCGGACUGGCUACCGCAAUGCUCUGAGCAUGCUCUCGUCCCUUUGCACCGGUGGCUCCAACACUGUGAUCCCUCGUUUUAUCCCUCCCCGCUACCAAGUGACCACAGCGCCCUCCGAGAGCCCGUGCUCUGAGGAGGAGUGCUCCUCCGGUGACGGCACCACCCCACAGUUCUCCCUCUUCACGCCCUCGGCGAGCAGAGUGCGCCCUAACAUCCAGGUGAAGCACCUCAACCACUCGGCCGUCCUCACCGUGCAGAUCCCCUACCCCUUCAGCAAGAUGUACAUCCUCUCCCAGUUUGAAAACGGCUUCUCCUCCAUGAUCACCCAGCUCAGGAAGAAGGAGGAGAACAUCACCGUGAGCAACCUAGUAGCACAAAGAGAUUACACCUACUGUGUGGUCUCUGUCCACCAAUACUCCAAGUAACACACCUGUGUCACCAUCACGCCCAGACCCAACCGCAAGGAGCCGGUGCCCACCCCUUCCACUGCCACCCAUUAUAUCAUGACAAUCUUGGGCUGUCUCUUUGGCAUGGUGAUCGUCUUGGGCGUCGUGUAUUACUGUCUCCGAAAGAGGCGCCAGCAAGAAGAGAAGCACAAAAAGGCUGCCGGCAGCAUGAAGAAGACCAUCAUGGCUGAAUACGGGCCAGAAAUGGAGACCACCAGCAUCACCCAGCUGUCCCAAGGACACGAUGCUGGGGGGGAGACGGUGACCCGCAUCCCCUACCUGCCUUCCGCUGGAGAGGUCGAGCAGUACAUGAUCGACAGCAGUGAGACCCCCAAGGCUAAGGGCAACACAUGAGGUGAGGACAGGGAGCAGCCUGAGAGGCGAGACUGUGAGCUCCUGCCACCGGACACCCAGAGCUCCGUGGCUGAGAUCUCCACCAUUGCCAAGGAGGUGGACAAGGUGAACCAGAUCAUCAACAACUGCAUCGAUGCCUUGAAAUCUGAGUCCACCUCCUUCCAAGGGUGGAAAUCGGGGGCAGUUUCCACAGUGGAGCCUCCGGUGCUCUUAUCAGAGCAGAUCCCCAGCAAGCAUGGGUUCCUCUCCCCUGUCUACAAGGAAAGCUACAACCACCCCCUCCAGCGGCACCACAGCAUGGAGGCCGCCCCCAAACGCUCCAGCACCUCUUCCAGCGGCUCCAUACGGAGCCCCAGGUCCUACCGCUCCGAGGGAUCGGGCCACAAAUCAGAAGCCAAAUACAUCGAGAAGACGUCCCCCACCACUGACACCAUCCUCACUGUGACACCGGCCGCGGCCAUCCUGCGGGCGGAGGCGGAGAAGAUCCGGCAGUACAGCGAACACCGGCACUCGGACCCCGGCUCGCACCAGGGGGAGCAGCACGACAGCAUGGCGGGGCGAAAGCCCUCCAUCCUGGAGCCUCUGACCCGUCCUCGCCCCAGAGACCUGGCCUAUUCCCAGCUCUCGCCCCAAUACCACAACCUGAGCUACACCUCCAGCCCCGAAUACACCUGCAAACCUUCGCACAGCAUCUGGGAGCGCUUCAAACUCAACCGCAAGCGGCACAAAGACGAGGAGGAGUACAUGGCAGCCGGCCAUGCUACGCAAAAGGUCCAGUUUGCCAAAGACGAGGAUCUUCACGACAUCUUAGACUACUGGAAGGGCGUCUCUGCCCAGCAAAAGUCCUGAGUCCUCACACAACUCGUGACUUAACACACUAACUGGACCAAAAGAAAUCCGCAGCAGCUAUUUUAUUCAGACUGUCUUUGAAACAAACAAAAAUAUAAUAAUAAUAAUAAUAAAUGAAUCAAUAAAAAUAAAGAGAGAACAAUUAUGGAAAUCUACAAAUAUUCUAUAUAAUAUAUAAAGUGAGAUAUUAAAAUGGCCUCACUUUGGUGACACACGCACCAAAUUUGAAUACAAACUUUACAAACAAACUGUGCAGUGAAAAAAAAAGAAAAAGUUUUGUUUCAUUCUGAUUUUUCUAAAAAAAAAGAAAAAAAAAAAAAAAAAAAAAAAAAAAAAAGAAAAAAAAUUGAAUAUAAAAAGAAAGUGAAAGAUGCGGGCAGAGAGCUCUGGCAUUUCCCAGUACUGCAUUGCAUGAGUCCCUACUCUGUGAUUUUGUGGAUUCUUUGUGAACAGUUUGUGUUCUUCCUUCCUUCCCUUCCAAAAGUCAACAGCAACAAAACAGCAACACAAACCAAAAAGAGACCAGAAGGAGAUCCAUCCUUUGGGCUGUUUUUGCAAACGGAGUCUUCCAGUUUAGACUUUCACCCGGUUGAAGGCCCGUUCACAUUUUCACAUCACUGAGAGGUUUACCACACAUGCAUUGUAAACCGACGUCGUUAAUUGUACAGAGAAAAUUUCUAUAUUUGCAAUGUUUGCUGUAUAAUGAGAAAGAGAGAGAGAAAA